AUGGAGUCCAAGGACACCGGACAGGAGAAGACGAUGCGCCAGUACUUGGCCGACCUGGUGGAGGGCGGCGCCUGUCUGGAUCGGAUCAUGACGCAGGGCUUGGCCACUGGUUUUCCGGCCAUGGCCACCGCCGCUGCCGCCGCCACCUCUACCACCUCUGGUCACCCCUCCACCACAGGAUGUGGUGGCACCGCCCUCGACACCAACACCUCCCGGUGUACCCUGUUCGAUCAGCUGCUGUGCGGCAACUGCCGGAAGGCGGAACGCAUGCUCGUCCCCGACCUGGCCACCGAAUGGUUCCGCAAGCAGAAGGUCUUCCUCGACAAGCUCACGCCCGAGGAGCUGGCCGAGCUGGGCGACGGCCUCGCGGGACGUGAGACUUGCCGUUGUCCUCGCGGUGACGCCGCCGAGGUACGGCUGGGCCAGUGCCCGUGCAAGCAGUGCCGCUGCAGCCUGGAACCUGGCCAGGAUUACUUUCGUCGUCGCCUACUGCCCGUUCGAGGCAACUGCCGGCCCCACUGCGGAUGCCCAGCCAGUCCCGAGGAGGUGGAGACGGCCAAGCAGGCAGCGGCAACGGCGACAGCGGCGACUGACCCUCUGGUAGCCACUUGUGUGCCCACGCUAGAGACCCGAUCCCGCAAUCCCUUCCUUCUUUGCAAUCCGGAUGUCGCCACCUGUGACGCCGACAAGAGGCGCCUGGACGGAGGAGUCACCAAGCCUCCCCCGCCGGCAGGCAGUUCCACGGCCCCUGCGGCCUGUUCAUCCACGCCGGCGCCACCGCCAGCCGGCUGCUCCUGCAUGCGGGGCCGGAGUCACGCCUCCUGCGGCUGCCUCUUCCAGGCGGACGGCCAGCCGAUGGCCAGCGAGUGCGUGGCGGCGCGCCGGACCGAGCCACUGCUGCCGCGACUGCGCAGGAAGUACGACCUACGCCAGUCGCCGCAGCGGCGCCUCGAUCCGGCGCUCUUCCGCCGCAUCUCGCCGGAGUUCUUCCGCAUCCUGGCCAGCUACGAGGCCACCGUGACCGAGAGCUGUCCCCUGUACGGCAUAUCCAUGCGCCAUUGGAGCGAGGGCACUGUGUGCUGUCCCUGCGAGCAGCGUCCGCCGGGCACCGGCCAGCAGCGUGCCCUGGGCGACGAUGCCGUGGCCACUGCAGUGGUCACUCCAUGUCGUCCUCCGGUCGAAGCGCCAGCCAACGAGGAGCCGGCCGAAAGGAAGGAACGGAAGAAGUGCACGCCCCAGAUGUGCCCGCUACUGAAAGGAUCCACCACCUGCAUCUGUCCCAAGUUCAAGGAGAAGAAGGGUAAGCAGGGGGAGUCCACCACCCACUCGUCCAGUCGAGGAGUCAAAGAUCAAGAGGACAGUAAGAGCAAGAGCCGCCAGCCAGGAUCUAGCCGGAACCGGGGAGCAAGCAGUGGCAGCAGGCAGUCCAGCAAGGAUCGGAAAGCUGGCCGUGAGGGAAAGCAAUCCAGCAGGCAGUCCAGCAAGGAUCGGAGAGCCGGCACUGAAAGACAAUCCAGCAAGGAUCGGAAACCUGGCCACGAAGACCGGCAGUCCAGCAAGGAUCGGAAGGCGGCCAGAGGAUCGCAAGGAAAGGAAUCCAGCAAGGAUCAGAGACCAACCAGCCAGGAUCGCGAUCAGGAUGAAAGAUCACGACGAUCUCCCACUGGUCCGGCCGACUUCUCCCGGCAGGGACAGAAGAAGAUCCUGUUCACAACGGUGGGCGGUCCCAUGCAGUGCACCGCUUGCGUCCACCGCCCCAAGGGCAUCCUGGGCGGCUUCACUGGCCUCUGCAAGCGAUGCGCCCAACCCGGACGCCAUCUACUCUACUACCUCAACCAUCCGCCCAACCAGAGUCGCUUCGGAAGCCAAAAGUGUCCAUGUGCCACUACAUCGAACCAGGAGAACAGCGUCCGACCUCCCAGGCAGCCGCUCUUCUGCACCAAACCGUAUGCGUGGAGCAAAAACAAGUCACGCCAGGCGGAGAUGGCGCCGGACUUGGAGAGUGAGCGGUCGGUGGAGGGCAGCAGCACCACCCUAAUGCCCGAUCCGGAGGGCAGUGAGCCGUGCGUGCCCUGCCGGACUCCAGCCAGUGAUCGCACUCUGGCCGGCUGGAAUCCAGCCCCCUCGACGCACUGCAGCUGCCCAGGACGCACCAUCAUCUGCCGGUGCCCGGACGAGCAGACGAAACUAUUCCAGUUUCCUCAGACCAAAAAGAAACCCGAAAAGGAUUACCAGAAAGAGUUCGAAAGUGAUUCCCAAAGCGAACCCGAUAACGACACCAAGGAGGAACCCCAAAAGGUGUCCACGAAGGAACCUCAAAGGAAGGAAUCCAGGGAGUCGGCAAGGACUAAAAGGAACCAGGAGAAGAAGAGCUUUCUCUUCCAUCAAAAUGGACCUCGCCUGACGGAGAUGGAUUAUUCCGAAACAGAAGAUCCUGGCCAGCGUCAACCAUCGAAGGAAUCAGUCACUGAGGCUCGAAGGACCAAAAAACAGGAAAAGAGAGAGGACCCCCAACAGGAGCAGAGAGAGGAACCCCAACAGGAGCAGAGAGAGAAGCCCCAAAGAGGAGAGAAAAAGAAGACCCCACAAGAAGAGAGAAAGAAGACCCUACAAGAAGAGAGAAAGAAAACCCUACAAGAAGAGAGAAAGGCAUCCCAACAGGAGCCGGAAAAGGAUACCUCCUCGGAGGCUCGAAGGACCAAAAACCAACAGAAGAGCAAGGAACCCCAAAAGGAGGAGAAAAAGCCCACCCGAUCCAUAUGGAAAAGGAAACCUCCUGCAACCAAGCCCUCCACUUCAAGCAAAUCUCAGAAGAACGAGAAGGAGGAGAAGCCAAAGCCCAUCUCCAAAAAGGAAACCCGCAAGAAGGAAGCCAAGUCGGAAGAAUCCACCAACGAAACUAAAAGGAACGAAUCCCAAGAACGCGUCUUGGGCUACCAGAAGGUGGAAACAAUGGAAACAGAACACCACAUGGAUGAAAGCCAAUCCCAAGAGUCAGGACAACCAGCCAGCAAGCAGGUCAAGACCCCACAGAAGAAGGAGGAGAAACCCAAAGGAAAAGCACUCAAGGAUCGGGCCACUGAGCCAUCCAGUGAGUCAGAGUGCCACAGGAAGAUCUCCAACGAGGCCUGUUACAGCAAGUGCGGGUAUUUGCCGAAGAGUGCCUACCUGAUCAACGACUUCCACCAGUUGAUGCGACGCGUGGCCAGGCCGAGGCCCAGUGCCGAGCGACUGCAGCGGAAGGCAAAGAAACCCACAAAGGAACCCCCUCCAGAGAAGCCGGGAACCAAAGCCAAGCCCAUAGUCAGAAGACAGAACUCGAAGCUCCAAGAAGUGGCUCCACCUCCAAUUAAAUCCCUGAAAGUAGCUCGGGCCACCACUGUGAUAUCCCAGCAGAAGAGGCCACGACCCCAGUCGCCCAAGCAGGACAGUAUCAAGGUCCAGGGCAAGCCCACGGACGAGGAGAGUGGCACCGGCUACGCAGAAGCUCUUUCCCUCAGCAUCCAACCAGCUGACGGUGAUCACCUCCUGGAGGAGGAGAUCUGCCUUUGUACGAAUCGAGAUCACGAUAGUCUACGCUCGCAGGCGGAGAACCAAGCCAACCUAGAGCCGCAGAAGACACCUCCGGGCGAGAGCCAGAACUGGACGAUAUCCUGCGAUGACUCGACUUGUACCAGCCCCCAGUGCCGGAAUAAGAACUAUGCCACGGAAGAGCAUACCACCAGCCAGUACACCGAGGCCUCAGGGACGACGAACUACACGGAGGAGGGCAGUUCUCGGGUGAGCUACAAGGGCCAGGACGACACAAACGGCAUCUCCUGGCAGGAUCAGCAGGCCAUCCCAAGCGACAAGUCCGAGGAGGUCCAGAAAGAUUACCAGGAGAGCUUCAACACCAGCGAUGGAUUCUGCAGUUGCAACCCCAGCGCGGCCACCGGCUACACCGACACGUAUCCGGAGGAUGACGAGUCCCAGGAUGCGGCCAUGAAGAAGCCCACCAACGACCGGAAGCCACUGAAGACCGGACGUCGCUACUACACGGAGACCCAGGGCAUGGCUGCCAAGGAUCUGUCCAGGCGGUGCAGCUGCCGGUCGCUGCACUCCAAGACCUCCAUUCGGGUGCUCAGCUCGAACACGGAGAGCGUGACGUGUCCCUGUGCUCCGGCGCCUUCGGUGGCCAGUGUGGAGAAGGCUUCGGAUCGGGAUCAAGACCAGGAGCGGGCAAAGCCAACUAGAACCAACUACCCCGCAGAGUCACUGCAGUGCCAGUGCGGAUGCUGUGCCUCUCGCUACGAUGCUGGGCCUUGCAGAGCCUCGCCCGGCCAGUAUCCUCCGUCCGGGGGCUAUCCCGCCCAAGACAACGUGACCCAACGCCCCAACCGAUCCACCAAGUCGACGGUGUUUGGGGAAUACGCCCGCUGGGAGCGGCAGCCUCGGAACAUGUCGCGUCCUAUCCUCUCCAACCAGCGACCUUCGCCAAGGGCCUUCCACGAGGAGCUGCGUCUGCGCCGGAUGGAGGCAGCCACCUGCCUCUGCUCCUACAUGGGCAACGCGCCUCCGGGGCAAGACAUCCGGCCACACCACCAGGCGCCGCAGCAGCAGUAUCCACCACAGAGGCAGUGGAGUCCUGGGCCUGGAAGUCCCGGAAGGAGCCGACAGGCAAGUGGACACCUGGCCCCACACUGGGCCGGAAACAGUGCACCACAGAUCCAGCAAUUCCGGCCGCACAAUGGCUAUCCACCGCCGGAGAAUGUGGGCCAGUACUUCUAUGGAAGUCCGUACCAAGCGAAUCUGGUGGGCAAGCCGGGAAAGGAUCGGACAGGAGCCAUGACGGCGGCGGCAAAGGGUCUCCGUGGCUUGGUCAAGGCAUUGGGCGGGCCAUCCCGGCGCUCGAGAAACAUAUCCGAGGACAGGGAUCAGAGGGAACGGAAGGAACUCCCCGGGAGUUCCCCGAGGCCUCCCCCACCCAUGCGUCCUCCCCACCAGCCGGUGAACUACUCCCAGGAGGUGAUCGACCUGGCCAGCCAUCCCACGGAAUACGACCAUCAUCCUUCCUUGAGAAGAAUGCCCAGUCGAAGGAUUUUCCCAAGCCCCCAUGCCCCCAUGUUUCUGUCCAGGCAUGCUCCUCCCAUGGCACCUCCAAUGGCCAUGCCGAUACCCCCACCGAGGCUCCCCAGCUCCAGGUUCCAGGGCAAUCCCUACCGGGCGAGGCCGCCGCACAAGGCUGGAACCCAAGGCUGGAACUACCUGGCCCUGCAGCCGGGGGGCACCACAACCAGCGGCAGUGAGUGGGUGCGGCGGGGAGGUGGCACUGAGAGAAGACCCCCGACCUCCGACACGGACUUCAACGCCCCAUCGACGAGCCAGCGAGCGAGGUCCUUGCUCCGCAGAGAUCGGCAGAUGGCAGGAGCCUCGCCACUGAUAGAAGAGUCCUCCAACACCUCCAUAUCGUCCACACCCACGCCUGCACCCACACCCCUGGCCGUGUUCCUGGACGCCUUGCGGGCCAAGCACUUGGCAGCGGAGCUCCUCUCCCGAAGCUCCAAGACAUCCAACAACUCCACCGAGAAAUCGAAGAAGGACUUGGGAUCGAGGCUAAGUCGUCGCCGAUGUCUGGCGGAGGAGCCGAUGGUGAUACCCGCCACCUACAGCGGCCUGCUCGAGGAGCAGGUCCUGGAGGAGUACCUGCCCAGUCCGCGCUGCAAGCGACGAACCCCAAAGAUGGACUAGCCCCACGAAACCCCCCCCCCCUGACUUGUCAUGUGAAUAAAUUGUAAGAGUAACUGCA